UCGUUGCAAAUAUGGGUCCCCGGCGGAAAAAUGUGAAACCGUGCUCAGUGAACAGGGAAGGCUCUGAGUCUACCAAAGCUGAUGAGCCAAAAGAUUACAUGAACCAGCUCUCUCAUGAAGUGCUUUGCCACAUCUUCAGGUACCUUCCCUUGCAGGAUAUCAUGUGCAUGGAAUGCCUGUCCAGGAAGCUGAAGGAAGCAGUCACACUUUACCUGCGAGUAGUAAAGGUUGUGGAUCUGUGUGCAGGCCGUUGGUGGGAAUACAUGCCCACUGGUUUCACUGAUUCCAGUUUCCUAACGCUGCUGAGGAAGAUGCCAGACAUUGAACAACUUUAUGGUCUUCAUCCCAGGUAUCUUGAAAGACGCAGAGUCCGUGGCCAUGAAGCUUUCAGCAUUCCUGGAGUUUUAGAGGCUUUGCAGGCCUGUCCAAAUCUGCUGGGCGUUGAGACCUCUCAUUUAGAGCUGGUGGAAGCUAUUUGGACGUACAUGCCACAAGUUCACAUUUUAGGGAAGUUUCGUAAUCGUAAUGGUGCUUUUCCAAUUCCUCCUGAGAACAAGCUGAAAAUUCCUAUAGGAGCUAAGAUUCAGACUUUGCACUUAGUAGGGGUGAAUGUCCCUGAGAUUCCUUGUAUCCCAAUGCUGAGGCACCUUUAUUUGAAGUGGGUGAGACUCACCAAACCACAGCCUUUUAAAGAUUUCCUUUGUAUCAGCUUACGCACUUUUGUCAUGAGGAACUGUGCCGGACCCACGAAUUCUUUGAAGUAUGUUCCUCUGGUGACGGGCCUGGCGUCUGCUCGAAAUCUGGAGCAUUUAGAACUGGUUCGAGUUCCAUUUCUUGGAGGACUCAUCCAGCACGUGGUAGAAGAUAGCUGGAGAUCAGGUGGUUUUAGGAAUUUGCACACUAUAGUUCUGGGAGCUUGCAAGAAUGCACUUGAAGUGGAUCUUGGCUACCUCAUCAUAACCGCUGCACGAAGGUUGCAUGAAGUGCGGAUCCAGCCUUCCUUGACCAAAGACGGUGUUUUUUCUGCUCUGAAGAUGGCUGAACUGGAAUUUCCACAGUUUGAAACUCUUCAUCUAGGAUAUGUCGAUGAGUUUCUACUACAGUGUAAAAUGACAAAUGGAGACUUGGUGAAGUAUGGCUUGGCUGAUGUGGUUGAAAAUCCAGGAAUUAUUACAGAUAUUGGUAUGAAAGCUGUAAAUGAAGUUUUUUCUUGCAUCAAGUAUCUCGUCAUUUACAACUGCCCACAUCUACAUAACCCAAAUAAUUGGAUCACAGAUCAUUCAAGGUGGACCCGACUGGUUGACCUCACCCUGGUGCGAUGCCAUGCGAUAAAGCUAGAUUCUUUUAGUCAGUUCAUUGAGUUGUUGCCAAGCUUAGAAUUUAUUUCUCUGGACCAGAUGUUCCGUGAACCUCCCAAGGGUUGUGCCCGUGUGGGCCUAAGUGCAGGCACAGGAAUUGGUGUCUCGUCUGCCCUAGUCAGCAAUCAGAACUCUAACAAUGACAAUGACAACAACAACAACCACCAGAAUAACAAUAAUCCAAACAUCCACCACAACAAUCACCAGAACCCGAAUGACCAGAACGAGGAGAAUGAGCUGCGGCAAGAUGGGCAAGCCGAAGAGCAGCAGAUUGCAGCUGAGGCACUGAAUGAGAUGGAGGAGGUGGCACAGGACGAAGGGGUGGCUGCUGGGCAGGGCCGGAGUGAUGUCCGGGCUCACAGCCAGGCUGUCAUUCCUAUGGAGGUCGAUGAAGAGCAAGCAGGACCAAGUGGCAUUCAGCCAGUUGUAAAAGCAGCACCUAUUACUGUCCAUGAUUCAGACAGUGAGGAUGAGGAAGAAAACAUGGGGCCUUCAAGAGCUUGCGUCUCUAACAGCAUUGCACAGAAUUACUCAGAUGGAGAAGAGAAAAGCAGAGAUCCAGUGGAAACCAGAGAGCCUGCAGUGAGCGGUAAAGGCAAGACGCCGCUGCGGAAGAGGUGUAGUGCCAGCCAGGUGGGCCAGACAAAGCAGUUCCAUGCCGAGGAAAGCAGCUGUGAGAAAGGUUGUCAAGUGACAAGUGAGCAGAUUAAAGCGGACAUGAAGGCAGCAAGUGACAUGCCUGAAAGGAACAAAAGCAAAGAUUCUUACCCAGGUUGCAGUAACGCUGCAGGAUCGACGGGAACAUCCAGCUCCUGCAGUGCUGUUUCUCCUAACCCUGACAGUGCGCAGACAGCUAAUAGCCACUCUGCUGGGACCAGUCCAGCAACCAGAGACGAGUCCAGGCACUGUGUCUGCUCGCCUCGUAAAAGCGAAGGCUCCAGCGAGAGAGAGACUGAGAGCAGCUCUGUUUGUUCCAGAUGUUCCUGCUACAAGCCGCAGGACGCGCAGCAGAGGACUAGUGGGUGUUGUGAUGGGGAAUGUCCAUCCACGAGCGGAGCCUGCAGGAACGGACCAAACAAGGUGGCCAAGCCAAAGCCACGGCAAACCACAAAGCGGAAAAGGACAGCUGACAAGUCCACAAGCACAAGUGACCCGGUUAUUGAAGAUGAUCAUGUUCAAGUUCUCUUAAUGAAAUCCAAAAACCUUGUUGGAAUCACCUUGACCAAUUGCGGUAUAACAGAUUUGGUACUGAAAGACUGCCCCAAAAUGAUGUUCAUACAUGCUACAAGGUGCCGUGUAUUGAAACACUUAAAAGUAGAAAAUGCACCAGUUGUCAAUCGUUUUGACUAUGCCCAGUGCAAGAAGUUAAACAUGGAUCAGGUUCUGGAUCAGAUUCUUAGGAUGCCCCCGGAAAGAAAUCGGAUCAUUUAUCUUCGUCCAAUGCAGCAGGUUGACACAUUGACUCUCGAGCAAAAGAUAUUUAGCGGCCCUUAUCCGUACCACAUUUGCAUAAUUCACGAAUUCAGUAACCCACCUAAUGUCCGCAAUAAGGUGCGCGUUCGGAGCUGGAUGGACACAAUAGCAAAUAUCAACCAAGAGCUUAUUAAAUACGAGUUCUUCCCUGAAGCGACACGAACUGAUGAGGACCUGAAGAAAUACACUAAGUACCCUUGGGGACGAGAUAUUUACACUCUAGAAGGCAUUGUGGAUGGUGCUCCUUACUCCAUGAUUACUGACUUCCCAUGGCUGAGAUCACUGAGAACAGCAGAGCCCAACAGCUAUGCUAGAUACGACUUUGAGGAUGAUGAGAGAACUACUAUUUAUGCACCCCGAAGGAAAGGACAGUUGUCUGCAGACAUCUGUAUGGAAACGAUAGGGGAAGAGAUCUCUGAACUGCGCCAGAUGAAGAAAGGCGUAUUCCAGCGGGUGGUGGCUAUCUUCAUCCACUACUGUGACGUCAACGGCGAGCCGGUGGAGGACGAUUACAUUUGAGUGGAUACCCUCCCUGACCUGUCAUCUCGUCCUAAAUUCCGAUGGCCACUGCUGGCCAAGAACGCAGGUGGAUUCUUUCUGAAUGCAAAGCAUUUUCUUGAAACACACACUUUGCGUUGCUCUCACACAGUUUGGAAAAGAGUAUGUAGUAAAUGUAUAAUGAAAAGUAAAAAUUGUAUACUAAGAUUUGUACAUAGAGGAAACAAGAAAAACUUCCUAACUGAGACUUUAUUUCAUAUGUUUAUACAGUUUAAUUUAAAUUCCAUUUUAAUGAAGGCAAAUAAUUAGGAACAGGGAAUAAUAUUUGAAUUUUUGAGCCCACACAGUUCAUAGCAGAAUUUUUUUUCCUAUAAACAAAAUCCCAUUUGCUGUGUUCAAAAGAGUCAUCAGAGUCUCUUUUAAUCUGUGCCUUUUUCUUGAGCAUUUAAGAGUCCGGUCUGAGUAAACCUG